GGACAGUUAGAGCUCCAGAUCGCCCGCCUACAUACUGUAGGUUAGUUUACUACAUCUACGUCCCCAUCCACAUCCACAUCCACAUCAUGCUGGUUAUCUCCGAACACCAUACUCAACUUAAUUCACAACAACCUUCACUGACAUAUCCGAUCCAGCCACCAGCCACCCUGCCCCGUGGUAUUUCUUCACGUCGUUGCAGCCAAAAACUACCACACCCUUCACCACACCCCAAACCCCGUCGACAUGGAUACCAACGAGCAGCCAGAACCGACGCUGCCCCCGGCGGAGCAAAUGCGCCAGAAGCGCCUUGCGAUGCUCAACAGAAUGGCUGCGUCAUCGCCUCCCCAAACGCCUUCCACCGGCUCACAGCCUUCGAGUUCAGCCACGACACCAAAGGCAGCCUCGCCAGUCCCUACCCCUACCCUUGCCCCGGCCAACGAAAGCAACCAGGCCACGAGGUCUUCACAAGCAAGUGGCACGAGUAGUCCGGUGCCGAACAGGCCGGCAUCACAGACGAGUUUAAAGAAGACAGCAGAGGGCGAAUCCGCUUCAGCCCCCCCAGCCAAGAAGAUCAACAUUCCCGUGAAGGAGGAGCCCAUCGAAGACUGGUCCGAUAGGAUCCUUGGCGACAUCUUUCGCAUUACACUAGAUCCGACUCGCACGAAAACGUUAGACGGCCGAGGCGUGAAGACGUACCUUGAGAACACGGCCGAAGAGAUAUUACAGAGCGGCGAACCCCAGAAGCUGACUAUUCAAAACAUUGAUUCGGCCAUUCUAGAAGCCACAAGUGCGCAGCCCACCAGCAAACCGUUACUGAACUACUUGUUACCCUGUUUUAGGCGAGUAGUCAAGGUUGCAUCCUCCUUGAGGCGGCCAACCCCGGAAAAACAAGCUGUUCUCGAUGAGGCCAAGCGGUUAUGUAUGAGCAACUGCAUAUUUGCUCUCACGAUGCCUGAGUUGUUCAGCCGAGAAGCCAACCCCAGUCAUGAUACCCUGGUCCCAUACCUGCUACGCCACCAUGAUAAUGACGACGGUUUAUGUCUCGAGUUUUUCGACGAGGCCGUCAAUCGAAUGAGAGAGGACGAGACGGUGGCCCCCAUUUUCACGGAUGCCAUGGUACAGCUCAGCAGCAAGCUUGCAAGCAUGACCAUGAACGACGACUACAAACCCUACGUAAACUGCUUGGUCACUUUUUCGAGAUACCCUGCCCUGCUUGAUGCUUUGGCUCAACAUCCCCGCUUCCUCGUAGUAACGACUGAAAAUAUGACCAAGGAACAGACUGCUGUGGCGAGCGAGACGGAAACUAUUCUUGGACCUUUCUUCCGCAUCUCGCCUUUACAGACCGAGGUGACCAAAACGUACUUCUCUAGUCCUCGGACAAUCGAACAGGGCGCCGUCCGGACAUCUCAGAGUGCGCUACAGAUGACCCUAAAAACGCACCAAGGUGAUCUCACGAGCGUUAUCAAUGCCUUCGUUCGAGCCGGUCAAACAGCACGUAAUCGUAUACUGGACUGGUUCGCCUUCAUCAUGAAUACGAACCACAAGAGACGCGCCCUGCACGUUGAUCCCAAAGACGUGGCCUCGGAUGGUUUCAUGGUCAAUAUUACAGCAAUUCUUGACCAACUAUGUGAACCAUUCAUGGAUGCUACAUUCUCCAAGGUCUCAAAAAUUGACAUCGAUUACUUGCGACGGCAACCCAGGAUCAAUAUGAGCGACGAGACCAAACUGAACGCUGACCAGGCAACCUCUGACGCGUUUUAUAGCAACAAGGCCGAGGGAAGCUCCAACUUCAUAUCGGAGGUCUUCUUCCUGAACCUGGCCGCACACCACUACGGCAGUGAGGCCACAAACUCCAAGCUAAAGGACCUGGAUAGAGAGAUCAAGCAUUUACAAAAGGUCGAAAAGGAGAUCAACGAACAGGUCCAGAAGCUACAAAACAAUCCCCUGCAACUAGCAUUGGCGAAACGACAGCAUGACAGGGUUAAUGUUGUCAUUGACAAGACCAUGGCGCUAAGGUUUUCUAUAGAAGGCGUUCUCACAGACAAGGGGAUGCAGACUUUGUCGCUGCAGUUCAUGCGCUAUGUCACAGUAUGGUUACUCCGUGUAGCUAGUGGCUCAGCAUACGUGCCCGGCCAAAAACUGCAGCUGCCCUUGGCUGCCCAGGAGCCGGAAGCUUUCAGUUGUCUACCAGAGUACGCUCUGCAAGAUGUUGUGGACAACUUCAAGUUCGUCUUAAGGUUCAUGCCGCAGAUCAUGAUGUCCGCUGUUGGAGACGAGAUUGUCGCUCUUGCCAUUACCUUUUUAAGAUCAUCCGAGUACAUCAAGAAUCCCUACUUGAAGUCGGCCUUGGUAACUGUUCUGUUUGCAGGACAGUUCCCCAUGUAUCACUUGAGUAAGGGUAUCCUCGGUGAUAUUCUGAUGGGAUCGGAACUGGCCAACGAGCAUCUACUUCAUGCUCUUAUUAAAUUCUAUAUUGAAUGUGAACAUGGCACAAGCACUGCCUUCUACGACAAGUUUAAUAUUCGUUACGAGAUUUUCCAAGUUAUAAAGUGUAUCUGGCCAAACACUAUAUAUAGAGAGCAACUCAACAGAGAGAGCAGGGUCAACCGUGACUUCUUCGUCCAAUUCGUCAGUCUCUUAUUGAGCGACGCGACCUACCUACUGGACGAAGCUCUAAGCAAAUUAGUCAAGAUCCACGAUUACCAAAAACAGCUCCAGGACCAGUCGCUGGCACCCGACGAUAGGACAAAGUUGGUUACUGAUCUCGAACAAGCCGAAGGCGCAUGUCAAAGCUACAUGCAGUUAGUAAACGAAACAAUGGCCAUGAUGAAGCUAUUCACCGCAACUCUCAAGGAUGCCUUUACGAUGCCAGAAAUUGUUGGUCGCCUGGCGAACAUGCUGGAUUACAAUUUGGAUACUCUCGUGGGCCAAAAGAGAGGCAACUUGAAAGUUGAAGAUGCAAAGAAGUACAACUUUGAUGCGAGAACACUCUUAUCCGAAUUCGUCGACAUUUACCUGAAUUUGGAAUCAAAGCAGCCUUUCAUUGAAGCAAUUGCUGCAGACGGGCGCUCUUACAAGCCAGUUAACUUUGCCGAAGCUGGCAGAAUUCUCAGCUCAAAGAGCUUGAAAGCUCCGGAAGAGUUAAAGGUCUGGGAGCGGCUGAUGCAGAAGGUUCACGUGGCUAAGGAAAUUGCCGACCAGGCUGAACUAGACUUGGGUGAGAUCCCAAGCGAGUUCGAGGACCCACUCAUGGGAACUCUCAUGACAGACCCAGUCAUCUUGCCCUCCAAGAACAUCGUCGACCGCUCGACUAUUGUUCAACAACUGCUUGCUAACCCUCUCGACCCAUUUACACGUAAUCCUAUGACGAUGAACGAUGUUGUUCCGGCAGAUGAUCUACGGCAGAAGGUUGAGGCAUGGAAAGCCGAGCGGAUAGCAGCAGUCAAAGCUGGGGACCCUAUGGACACAUCAGGUGCUGUAUAGGUAUCAAGCCCAUAACGCGACGAAGUCAGCAAGCGUCGGCGAUUGCAUAAGCACUACAAUGGCGUUGAUACCACGGUAUGAUUCAUCAUGUCCUUAUAUAGCCACUUGAAGCGGCAUUAGAUAGUUAGACAAAUGAAUUCAGUGACUAUAUCCACUGAUUGGAGACUCAAUCCUUUAUGAUUAUUGAAUAUAUAGGAGUAAGUGUA